AUGCGCUUUCCCCAUUGGCUGGCCCCUGCCAUCGCCGCGCUGAGCGGGCUGCCCGCCGCCCACACUGUCCCAAGCCCCAGCUCCGUUGGCUCGGAUCUCGUUAUCCUGGCCCACAAUGAUCUAUAUGGCAACCUGAGCCCCCAUAACGCAGCAGCCAUCGUGCUAAGCACGCCCCAGACACUAGAAAAAGCUCGGUCGAACUGCGCCGCACUUGGGGAACAGCUUUGGGACCCACUUGAGCAUGUCUCAGCCCUACCGCUGGCUCACCUUGGAUUCGACAAGUUCUGGGUUGAUGGAGGCAGCAUCGAUCGGGCUGGGGCUGUCUCAGCCCAACGCCACCAGGCGAAAUUGCCCGCGCUUUGCACGCAGUCUGCUCCUCUCUGCACGGCAAGUGAUACCAACACGUCGGAGCGAUGGCAUACCGCUGUGAGGUCGGCAAAUCUGCAAGUGACGGGCUAUCGAGACAAACUGAGUUUCCGCUUCGAAGGUCUCCGCUAUGCCGCUAGGCCAGAGCGUUUCACAUACUCAACCCCAUACAUUGGUGCUGAGAAUGUCUCGGCACUCACUCCGGGACCCGAGUGCUUCUCCUCCAGCUGUUCUUCAACGGGCUCCCAGAGCGAGGAUUGCCUUUUCUUGAAUAUUUGGACUCCCUGUCUGCCCAUGGACUCGGUCUCUGUGUCAAAGAAGGAGUUGAGGCCCGUCAUGUUCUGGAUCCACGGUGGAGCAUUCACCGGAGGUACGGGCAGCGAUUCAACAUUCGAUGGGGGAAACAUGGCAUCUCGUGGGGAUGUGGUGGUCGUGACAAUCAACUACCGUCUUUCCACCCUCGGCUUCCUGGCUCUAGAUGGCGGUGAGCUGAACGGUAACUACGGCCUGGCAGACCAAAUUACCGCCCUGGACUGGGUCCACGCACACAUCCCAGACUUUGGGGGCGACCCUGGCCGCAUCACCAUUUUCGGCCAAAGUGCUGGUGCGGCCAGUGUUAGAGCGCUUCUUACAUCGCCCAAGGCUAUUGGAAAGUUCAGGGCGGCAAUUCCUCAGAGUAAUCUGGCCGGCAGCAACUACGGGACCACGUACUCCCAGUAUUACACAAUCGAGCAAGAAGUGGCAGCUGCAGCGGACUCGAUUCUGAACGAGACGGGUUGUGACACAGCUAGUGAUCGCACUGCAUGCCUCCGGAGCUAUGAUGCAUGUCAACUGGUGCGACUUUCAAAUGUUGCUCGCUACCUUGUCGUCGACGGCACCUAUCUCACCACCCCCACCCUCCCCCUCGACGGGAUCGGCCCAGCCGCCCCAGUCCCACUGCUCAUGGGUGUCAUGCGUGACGACGGCGCAGCAUUUCUCUCCUAUCCCCUCGCCAACCAAUCUCUCUCGUCCUUUCUCGCUGCCUCGGGCUUUGCCUCGACUCCCAAUGUGAACAUGCACUUUCCCAUUCCCUACGAGUUGACCCCAACCAACACCUCCCUUGCCGUUUUCAACGCCUCGGCGCGUCUCGCCACGGACGCCGAGCUGCGCUGCCUCGACUACGCCACCGUCUACUCAGGCAUCAAAAACGGCGCUUUCCCCAAAGCCUAUUUCUACGAGUUCGACCGUUCCUACCAAAUUCCUGGCUACAGCCCCAACUACCCAACGUGCGAAGCGCCUCCAACACUCGAGCACCUGGACGGCGACCCGAGCCUAGAGUACUUCAAGUGUCACUCAGGCGAACUUCUCUACGUCUUCGGCAACGUCGUGCGCGAGGGACUACCGCCGCGCGAUGACGGCGACAUUCCCUUUUCGCAGGUCGUGUUGGACGCGUGGACGGCAUUUGCACGGAAUCUGGACCCCAGCCCAGAUGCGGCGUACCUGUUGAGCAUGGGGUACCGUGACUCGCUGAGAACGGCUACGGGGAGGGGCGGUGGUAGUGCGCAGUGGAAGGCAGUAGAUCCGGAGGCGCCCGUGUACCAGGCAUUGAGCUGGCCUGUUAGCAGCGACGCAGCAUUUAGGGACGCGGCGCAAUGCGAUGCGUUGGGUUUAUCGUUAGGCUACUACGAAUGA